GUGUUUAACGUAUUUUCAUUUGAAAAAAGGAGACAACUUUUGAACCUCAUUUUGUUCGAAGUGUCACGUCGGUUUGUCAGUGUGUUCACUCGCGAAACAGACUGAAGUACCCAACGGUACCCAAGAAACUGUUGGGUUUUUGUGUUUUUUUUUUUCUUCAGAUUUUCUAUAAGACUCUGUAGAUUGUGUUGUAUUAAGUUUGCUAACAAUGUUACUUGGUGCAAUUAAUUGUAAAAUAAAGCGUAGAUAAGACAACACGGAACAACGGAUUUUAAACACAUUCAAACGCAUAGUUCCACCGAAAUAUCACAGAUGUCGCCACAAGCGUUUGAGCGAUUUGCUUUCAAACCGUUGCUAUGGUUACACCAGCAGCAAAACAUCCUAAAGAAGCACCGAAUAAACAUCUUCUGCACGGACAAACCGAAACGCAUCAUGAAGCUGUUCAAUUUUUACAAUAAAUCCGUUUACAUUCAAUACCGCAAUCAGCUCUGCUCCACAACGACGGUCGUCGUGUGUGCCCUAACCCUAGCGGCAUUCGCUGUGCCGUACUACUUGCUGUCUUCCAUCAGGCAGGGCGAGCUGUGGGACCAACAGCGCACCGUGUACGAACAGCCCAAGAUGUCGUUUCAGUACUCGUAUCUAUUCCUGGCGGAAAUGGAAGAUCCCCAAGAGGGACGUGCUACCAGCGCCUCGGUUGUAACGUGCAGUUCCUUCCCUUCGUACAGCACGCUCACCGAACAGCUACAUCCGUGCAGUGACGUACAGGUGAUUCCCACCGAUACGAAUCACGACCACACACUCGACCAUCUUUCCGUCAGCAUCAGCUUCAACCCACCCGACCGGGGCAGCAGGUUGUCGUUUUACACGUUUUACUUUUUCCUGGAAGCAACCGUAUCGUCACAGUGCCGGUUCGUUAUUCCCGCAUUUGUUUCGUUGGAAAAAGUCCCACCACCUGCCGGUCGAACGUUCCUGUCCGGCACGAUCGUGCACAGUGGAUUGAUGGCCACCAGGCAAACGGUCGCCCUACAGUGUCCGUUCUUUAUGCGGCAUCAACAAUCACACUUUAGUGAUCGGUACUAUCCGAAUGAAAAUACCACCCUGGAAGGAUUUGAACCGCGUGUAAUACGAGCACAGAUAGAAGCAGCCAAUCCGGCGUACUAUGAAUACCGACCCCAACACACCGACUGGACGAUGGACGGUUCGGGUACGAUACGUGUGCAAAUCGAUGUCGCAAUUGGAGGAAACGAAAGUACAUCCGUUGCCUUACUCUACAAAACGUCCCUGUGGUGGAAGCUGUGCCAGUUCUGGGGCAGCUAUUUCCCCCUGCUGAUCGUUUCGCUGUGGUUAGCGGAGAAGAGUAAGCAGUAUCUGUUCGAACGCUUCGUUCUGCGUGCGGUUGAAGUGGUGCCGUGGAAGAAUAAAUACAACUAG